AUGUUGCUCCCAAUUCUUAAAAGAUCCCCCACCCAAAGCUUUCCACUGGGUUUUUAGUAGUCCAUUGUAGCUCUCCACUUUUCCUGCAGCUGGUGCAUGGUAGGGGAUAUGGUACACCCACUCAAUGCCAUGUUCCCUAGCCCAGGUGUUGAUAAGGCUGUUCUUAAAAUGAGUCCCGUUGUCUGACUCGAUCCUCUCAGGGGUGCCAUGUCUCCACAAGAUGCUUUCCCCCAAGAAAUCGCUUCCAUUCACAAAGCGUGUGUGUUCAGCACAUUGGCCAACGAAGCCAUUUACAUCACGCACAACGACAAGGUAUUUGUUUCUGGACUGAAUUGCAGUAAUUGUUUGGGAACUGGAGAUAAUCAGAGCACCAUAGUACCAAAGAAAUUGGAAGCCUUAUGUGGAAAGAAGAUCUCCAGUCUCAGUUAUGGAAGUGGACCCCAUGUUGUUCUUUGUACUGAAGACGGUGAAGUGUAUGCUUGGGGACAUAAUGGUUACAGCCAACUUGGAAAUGGCACAACCAAUCAGGGCAUUACUCCUGUUAAAGUCUGCACAAAUCUCUUAAUAAAGAAAGUGGUGGAAGUAGCUUGUGGCUCUCAUCAUUCCAUGGCGCUCUCAUUGGAUGGAGAUCUGUACGCUUGGGGCUACAAUAACUGUGGUCAAGUUGGAUCUGGAUCUACAACUCCUCGCAGAGUUUCCAACUGCUUGCAGGGCAAAAUUGUGGCUGGCAUCGCUUGUGGCCAGACCUCCUCCAUGGCUGUAGUAAACAAUGGUGAGGUUUAUGGCUGGGGCUACAAUGGCAAUGGGCAGCCUGGGCUGGGGAACAACGACCAGCUGACCCCGUGCAGAGUGGCAGCGCUGCACGGCGUCUGCGUGCUCCAGACUGCCUGUGGCUAUGCGCACACUCUAGCACUAACAGACGAGGGCUUGCCCUAUGCCUGGGGAGCUAACACAGCUCAGCCCUGUGCAGAUCAUGAUGGAAAAAGAAAGGGUGGUCUGCCUCGUCAUCAGUCAGGUGCCCUACCCCAGGGUCACCAUGUAGAUACCAACUUUAGCCCCCGCAUAGCACACGUCAGCCCCGAACCCUAG